GCUAAAUACUCGAGGGAUCUUACCACUCCGUCGUCCCCUCAUCAUUCCUUCCCUCUGUUGUCGCUGCCGCCGUCGUCGUCCCCCGCGUCGUCCCCGUCGUUCUCGCUGUCCCUCUCGUCGUUCUGCUUCUCCCUCCAGUCUUUGUAUAUCUGUAUCCAUAAUAUCUUAUAGCACCUAUAGCCACCAUGUCUACCCAGCCAAUCGCUCUCCCGUCUCGCAGCAGCCCCCGCUCGUACACGGGGUCCAAUGGCAACGGCUCGUUCAACCCAGCUUCCUACACCAGACAUUUCCUCGGCUCGCCUAUAUCAUGGCGCUCGACGUCCUUUGGGCUGGGUGUGCGGUUCCAAGGGAGUCCUAUGGAGCACUUUAUUGGGUCUCCGGAACAGAAACCGUCGCUCGAUUCCGACGUACGGAACGCGCUUAGCGCUCUCGACCGCGAAAGUGAAUUUUGUCGAGACUACAGCUGCUGUGGUCUACACUUGAACGACCUGCACGCUCUGCUUGAGCACUUUGAAGAAGUCCACGUCGUUGUUAUUGAUCCUACAGCUCCUCAGGCGCAAGCUCAGCUUCAAAUUCCUUUCAAUCCUCAGGUUGUUUCGACACUCUCGUCGCCUGGCCACGCCCAGGGUCAGCAGAUGCAGCAACAGCAGCAGCAGCAGCACUCUGCUCAGUCCUACGGCGUCGCCUUUGACCCCGACGAGAUGGAUUUGGAGGGACCCCCGUCGUCCGGAGCACCAAGUUUGAGAUCGUCGCCUUCAUCUGGGGCUCCCACGCCCCCGGACACCCCGAUAACGACGCCUUUGUCUGCCUAUCCUUCGCCUGGUAUUCCUAGUCAGCAGCCUGCAUACUACUUGGACAAGUCGCAAGUCCAGGUUCAGAACCAACUGCAGACCCAGCACCUCCCUCACUCACCGUAUGUUUCGCAGCCCCCAUCACCUAAUUCCGGUGCACAUCAAUCCGUUGCCGCCUUCGACACCAAGACCCUGAUUCGCCGUUCCUCAUCAAGUGCUAUAUCUACCACGCCUUCUUCCCUUGCCAAUGCCAAUACGCCUGUCCCUCCCAGUCCCAUCCACCAUCAGACUCGGCCUCAGCUGAACCUUAACUUGACGGCUGCUCAUGCGCAACACACGCACGGUACUCACAGUCCCCUUGUGGAAGCGUUUAAUUACGGUCGAUACGGCGAAUCAUUCGUUGGAAUGCCGGGUUCAAAUAUGGACAGUAUAGACACAUAUAGUUCCAGCAUGCUUGAUGCCCAUCGUACCCACAACAGUAGCAGCAGCAGUCUAGCUGGAGCUGUUGAGGAAUGCGUUCCGCCUGCUCUUCUCUUUUCCAAUUCGGCUACACCAGAGAGUACACCAAGCACAAGUCGCGUUCCCUCACCCCAUAGUCAGGCACAACAGUCUUCGGCUAAUGGUGGUACGUCGCCUACGUCUCCUGCUACAAGUGGUUCGGUUAGCGCUGGGGUUCCUUCGGCCCCUGUUGUAUCCAAGGACCCCAAUGCUUUGCGGCUGUCAUCUUCUGUGACGAGACCUGCUACGUCGUUGCUAUUAUCGAAGCCCUUCAAGUGUCCCAAGCCGAAUUGCAACAAGAGUUAUAAGCAAGCUAAUGGUCUAAAAUACCAUAUGACUCACGGUAGUUGCAAUUUCGCACCUCCAAAAGACCUUGAACACGUCCAGGCACUUUUGGAGCGUAAACGCCGAGACAGAGCGGCGGCAGCGGCAGCCGGCGGAUAUCCUGAAUCAUCCGAUGCUUCCCAGCCUUCUACACCACUCCCGUCAAAUCCAUCAACUCCUACAUCUCCCUAUCCUGAUCUACAAAUUUCCGAUGCGGAGAUGCGCGAAGUGGAGCGAGAGGCUGAACGACGUCUGAGGCCUUUCGCAUGCGGUGUUGGUGAUUGCCAGAGGAGGUACAAGAACAUGAAUGGGUUGCGAUACCACUAUCAACACUCGGGUGAGCACGGGGCUGUAGGAUUGGCGUUAUUGGCCAGUGGGGUCCACGAGUGUCUGGGCAAUAACGGAGGCAGCAGCAGCGCGAGUAACAGUCGCGAGGCUAGUGCCGUCAGAGGUGACAGGGAAGGGAGGAAGAUACGUGUUGGUGGCAGUGCCCCGGGCAGCCGUUCGGGUAGUCUAAGUCGUACCGGGACUCCGGUGCCUGCUGUUGGUAUGGGACAACCUAACCAUACACAGCAGUACGCCCCGCCGUCGCAGGCCAACCAGUUCCAGACCCAAAUCGCGUACCAGCAACGAUUUGCAGAACACCAGCGCGCACAGUAUGCACAACAGCAGCAGUUUCAGCAACAAGGGAUGAUGAUCCAACAGCCACAGCAGUAUGCUGCCGUGCUCUAUCCGCCUGCGUCUACGGUCGGGAUGGAUGUUGCCAUGUCGGGUUGAUCGCUGUUUCUAAGGACUCAGCAGAGUUGUCCAGUCAUUCUUUGUGUUGUCCACGUCGACUUGGAG